UUCUUCAUAGCUUAUUUGUGUAAUUUUGCAACACAAACAGGAUUUUGUGUUUAAUGUUGUUUCUUGAUUAAUCCUAGGGGUAAAAAGAUUAAAAGAACUCCUUUGAAUAUUUUGUGACAAAAAUGGAAGCAAAUGAAGCAGGGGAGUCAUUUUUCCCAACAAAGCUAUUUGGUCAAGAAAACAAGAGAACAUGUGAAAGAAUUUGGAGAUGUUUAAAGAAAGAUAAAGUAACAAGCAUUGGUAUAUAUGGAGUUAAAGGGGUUGGAAAAACAACAUUAGCCAAGCUCAUCAAUCAUAUUCUUGAACAAAAAACUCAAUCCCAAGUUUUUUGGAUAAAUGUUUCUCAACAAUGCAACAUCAAGGGGUUGCAAGGUGAUAUUGCUCUAGCCCUUGGAUUGGAUCUUUUAGUGGAACAAGAUGAAGAGAAGAGGGCGAUCGCGUUACAUGAAUCAUUCAAAAGGAAAAAGGAUUUUGUACUAAUACUAGAUGAUGUGUUGGAAGAUGUACCUUUGAAAAUGUUAGGUAAUCCUCUAAAAGUUGAAGGGGGAAGAUUGAUAGUAACAAGUUCGUUGCUCCAAACGUGUCGAAAUAUGGGAUGUCAAAGGAAAUUUGGAGUGAAAACACUUGAAGUAGAGGAAUCUUGGAGUUUGUUUAUAGAAAGUCUUGGAAAUGAACAAGUGAUUCCUCUAGAAGUUGAAGGAAUUGCCAAAUCUAUGGUAAAUAAUUGUACUAGUGGCCUUCCACUUGGAAUUAUUACAAUAGCUACAAGACUAAGAGAAUUGGAAUUGGAUAAUGUUGAUCAAUGGAGAAAGGCUUUGGAAAAUAUUACUAUUCAAGAGUCAGUUAAAGGGGAGAACAAUGAUGUUAUGAAUAUGUUGUUAUAUAGUUUUAACUGCUUGAAGGAACAAAAGUUACAACAAUGUUUCUUGUAUUGUUGUUUGUAUCCAGAAGAUGAGAAAAUAUCUAAGGAUCAAUUGAUAAGUAGGUUAAUCUCAGAGGGGCUAAUCCAUGAACGAGAGACUCGCGAGGCAGAAUUUGAAGAGGGAUAUGAAAUAUUGAACAGAUUGGAAGGUGUAUGUUUGUUGGAAAGUGGCAUAGACAGUGAAGGUAAUCAAUGUGUGAAAAUGCACAAUCUGAUUAGGGAUAUGGCACUUAGGAUCACUAAAGAAAAUCCUAUAUUUAUGGUGAAAGCUGGAGUUCAACUGAAUGAUGCACCAAUGGAGGAUGAAUGGCUGGAAAAUUUGGACAAGGUAUCUCUAAUGAGGAACAACAUAGCUGAAAUUCCACCAGGAACAUCAGCUAAUUGUCCUAGACUGACAACCUUGAUGUUGCAGCAGAAUUAUCACUUAUGGAAAAUCCCAGAUUCUUUCUUCAAGCACAUGAAGGCGUUACGUGUUCUAGAUUUAGGCCAUACUUGCAUUGAGAAAUUGCCUGAUUCUGUAUCCGACUUGGAGAAUCUCACCGCGCUCUUGCUUGCAUUUUGUUGGAAUCUUAGAUCAAUCCCAACUUUGGAAAAACUCAACUCAUUGCAAGAAUUGGACUUAAGUGGCACCGGGAUUCAGACUCUUCCUGAAUCCCUUGAGGCUCUGUUGAGCCUCAAAUGCCUGAAUAUGUAUGCAAUGCGUUGGGUCGAGAAAAUACCAAUAGGGAUAUUGCCUCAACUCUCCACUCUGCAACGCCUAGUCUUAUCGCAUCAUAUGGACAUACAAGGUGAGGAACUAGAGAUGCUAAAAGAGUUGGAAGAAUUUCAAGGCAGGUUCUCUAAUAUUCAUGACUUCAACCGAUUCAUCAUAGCUCAAGAAAAUGAGGGAUGCCUUGGGUUUUACAGAAUAUUAGUAGGUGACCAUGAUGGCUCAGGACCAAUGACACAAAUCCAAUUCAAUCAUGGAAGAAUUUCGGAUAAAUUAGUCAAGUGUUAUGGACUUGGAAAAGAAGAUGAAGUAUUAUCGCUUCCACAAGACAUUCAACACUUAAAAAUUGAGAGCUGCAAUAACUUCAGUGGCUGUCUUUCAGAUUGUUUGCCAUGUCUUUAUGAAUCUAAAGAUCUAAAGUACUUCAAAGUUCGCUGGUGCAACAAAAUAGAGUACCUUAUGAAGGUAAAAGAGGGGCAAGAAUCCGUCUUAUUUCAUUCUCUCGAGCAUCUUGAUCUCCUUGAAUUGCCUAGUUUUAUUGGUAUUUUCGACGAGUGGGAAACAAGUUUGAGUUCUUCAAUUCCUCUAGCUGGUAUUUUUUCCUUCCUUAGAAUGAUAAGAAUCGAAAGAUGUCACAAUAUCAAGAAGCUACUUCCAAUCGAUCUAUGCUCGAACCUGCAAAAUCUUGAGAGGAUAUAUGUCCUUUCUUGUAGUCAAAUAGAGGAAAUAAUUGUAGACGAAAAUGAUGGACUCGUCGUCCUUCCAAAAUUGACAAGAAUAUGCUUAUGGUCUUUGCCAGAAUUGAAAAGCAUAUGCAAUGGAAAAAUGGUUUGUAACUCAAUCAAGAAAGUGUCAAUAAAGGAAUGUGGUAAGUUAAGGAAAUUGCCUUUCUUUUUUUCCCCUGAAGAGGAAGAUGAGAAACUCAAAAUUCCCUCUACACUCAAAGAAAUUGCUAUACAUUCAAAUGAUAAAGAAUGGUGGGAGUCUUUGGAAUGGGAUCAUCCCAGCACAAGAAAUGAGCUUCAGCCCUUUGUUAACUAUUUGUAAGAAUUGUAUUUUUUAUUUAAGUUAUGUUACUGGGGCUAUUCAAAAAUUGUAACGGUCAUGUGCAUAAUCUUCCAAAAGUAGUGCAUUUUUAGAGGAUCUGACACGCACAACAAUAUUUUUGGAUAGUCCGAGCAGCAUAGGGUUUAAGGCAUUUACUCAAUAAGUUAUGUGUAUUUUUUUCUGCCUAUGACUAAAUGUUUCUCUCCCCCCUAAUCAGCUUCCAGAGUUGAGGCUGAAUUGUUUUGGUGUAAUUCAUGUAACAAUGUUUUGUUUUGCUAUUUCCUGCUGAUGUGAA